UCAUAUGGGGCAAUGCGCGCAAACAGGCACCAUGCCAUUCCAGCUAAAAUCUAGUCUUAGCGAAAAGCAACAUUCGAAUGGUUGGUGUGAGCUGUUGCGCGCAGUUUGCGCAGUAGAGACCACAACAUAUACACAUACACACACCUAUAGAAAAAAAAGAUCGGUAAUCAUUGACCUACCACAUGCUGGAUACGCUCUCUCAUUGGUGCAUCCCCUUGCAGCCACCCCCCAACCGCUCCCUCCAGUCACCACCACAUUGGCCGCCACGCCUUCCGGCCCGCCCGGGCUACCCUCUUGGCUACAGGGGAAUUGGGGAAGAGAGAAGUUCACCGGCGCGCUCCGGACAUGGUCGCGUCGCGUCGGGAUAAGGCCACCCGCCGCAGCAUCUCGCGUCAGGCCAAUCACCGUUCCGGAAUACUACCCUUGUCGCACGUCACGUGAGCACGGAUUGCGGCGAUGCAAAGUGGAAGAAGCGAGAAAUCGAGUCGUUGGAUGGCGCUAG